AUGUCAGAUGCAGUCAUCUUUGAAUUAGAUUUGCAAAAUCCAACAACGCUGCAAUCACUCAUCCGAUGCAAAAACAUGCAAAAUGGCGAUGAUAUUAGCAAAUAUUUACCUACAACUGUUUAUGCACAUAUCCGGAAUUAUCGGCAACGACUUGCGCUGUGGUCCAGCGGUGUUGGUGAUACACAAAAAGAAGCGAGAAAACGGGCUCGAAAAAUGUACAACAGCAUAGCAGGCAAGUUUCACCAGAAUAAUUCUCGAUCUCUUUUCUUAUUUUGGACCAAGUUUUCUCACCUUUCCCUGUCAUCUAUCCAUAUCUAUACAGUAGCACUGCGCUUUGCAUCACUUUGGAAUUUGCAACAGCGCCUUGAUAGGCCUAAGCGAUUCACAAGCGAUGCCCCAGCAUAUUCGCUUCACACAUCGCAACCGGCAAACUGGCUAAAUAAAAAAGCAAAGCAGAAGCAAAAAGUACAAAAAUUAAAAAAGCAACUGGAACGAUUUGAAAAAUUUCAGCUGUUAUUCGCCAUAAACUACACAUUGUCAUACCUCGAAUUCGAGCAAGAACAAUUUUUGCACAAUGUAACAGAAAUUAAAAAAGAUUUGCCGAAUUUAAUUGAUAAAUAUAACUGUGGUUCGUUGGAAGAUGCCAUUUUCAAUUCCGAGCCACAAUAUUUGAAUAAAACAGGAUUUUCGCUUGGUCGAGAAUAUGAUCAGAAAGCCCGUGAAGUAAGUGCCUCAAGUUCCAUUUUUUCCCUUGACGAAUUACUUCGCAAUGAUAUUAUUGUGAAAAGGAAUAUUCGAAUGGCUCAGCGAAUUGUGAAUCUAAUAAGAACCUUUAAUAAUCAUAAAUACUUCAUUGCUCUCGGUGCCGGUAAAAUUUUUCACGAUUUUCAAAUGCUUCAGUAUAAUAACAUUUUUUUUAAAAAAAGGUAUGAACUAUUAGACGAAAGGGAAAUCAUUCGAUUAUUAUCUCCAUUAUAG